AUGGAGAAUCGGAAAGCUGUAGGACCGGACGAGGUGCCAAUUGAAGCGUGGAAAGCGCUGGGGGCUCGUGGUGUGUGCAUUCUUACUAACCUUUAUAACAGAAUCCUGAGCGACCGAAUGAUGCCCGAUCAGCAGCGGCUUAGUAUAAUAACGUCGAUCCACAAGUGUAAAGGGUCCGUUCAGGAUUGCAAACUACCGCAGCCUUGGCUGCUUAUGUACGCUGAUGAUAUCGCACUGGUAUAUGGGGACAAAGCACGGUUCACAAGACGCGUGCACGCAUGGAGGGAGGCGCUUGAGAACGGCGGGCUGAAGCUAAACGUGACGAAGACGGAGUAUAUGGCCUGCAACAGCACAGAUCUGACGUCUCUCCGUAUAGGUGACGACAACGUCGAGCGCACGGACAACUUCAGGUACCUCGGAUCUGUGCUUAAUGCGUCCGGGAACAUCGAUCGCAACAUCAAGGCCCGUAUAUCAGCGGCCUGGGCGAAAUGGCGCGAGGUGACGGGUGUCAUUUGUAACCCCAAAAUGCCGGUCAAGCUGAAGGGACAGAUUACAUAG